AUGUCGAUAGGGCGGGACGUUUACUGCGAUACUCGGCUGAUGAUACAAAAGCUCGAGGAGCUCUAUCCUGAGGGGACACUCAGUGAAAGAUCUCCCGAAGGGAAAGGCAUUCAAGCGCUGCUGGAAACGUGGACGAACGAUCAGUUCUUCUGGCACGUUGCGCGGUUGUUGCCUCCUACAUAUCCGAUGAUAGACAAGGCCUGGAGGGACGAUCGCGCUGACAUGGCGGGAGACAAGCUCAGUGCUGAGGCCCCUGAUGAAGCGAGGCGAGAGGCUCUGAGCCAUAUCGUGGCGGCACUUGACAUGUUGGAGCACACGUUCUUCGCAGAUGGACGGGACUGGAUAUUGAAGACCAAGAAUCCUACGCUGGCUGAUAUUAAUGGUAUCUGGACCUGGGACUGGUUGUUCCACGAUCCCUGGAUGGAGGGCGCUAUUCCAGACGAAUAUGCCUUAGAUGUUAGGUUCCCCAAGGUCUUUGCUUGGACGGAGCGCUUCAGACAGGUGCUUCGAGAAACAGACGCGCCGGUGUCCUGGAUGGACAGUAACGAUGUCGUCGAGGCGGUCUUAUCAUCGGAAUUUGCGGAGCCGGAAGGGUCGGUAGACCAUACUGAUCCAUUGGGCCUGCAAAAAGGGCAGGAGAUAGAGGUGUGGCCCACGGAUUCCGGCAUGAACCACCAUGACCAUGGAUUUCUCGUGAAGCUGGACACCCGAGAAGUUGCUAUCUCCGCGAAGUCCAAAGAUGGCAGGGAGCUGAGAAUUCAUUUCCCAAGAACCAACUUCAGAAUCAGUGCGAUCUCCGAGCUGGCAAAUUGA